AUGACGGAUAUAGUGAAACAAGCAGAGUCUUAUGAGGCAAACGAAUUGUUUGACAUUAAAAACUCGUACUACAUCGGAAACUACCAACAAUGUAUCAAUGAUGCUCAGAAAGAACCGCCGAACUAUGGAAAUUUACGUUUACAACGAGACAUAUUCAUGUACCGUGCUUACUUAGCACAAAAAAAAUAUGGUAUCGUCCUAGCAGAAAUAAAAACUAAUUCACCUGCAGAACUAAAACCCUUUAAACUGUUAGCAGAGUAUUUGCAAACUCCCGGUAAUAGGAAUUCUAUUUUGAAAACAUUGGAACAAGAAUUGGAAAAUAUGUACGAAAUAAAUCAUUCUCUUGUUAUUGUGGCAACAACAAUUUAUAAUCAUGAACAUAAUUAUGAAUCUGCUCUGAGGGUUCUUAAAAAUGAUGACACUCUUGAAGGUGUAACAUUGUCUUUGAUAAUAUAUUUGAGAAUGAAUCGAGUAGAUUUAGCAUCAAAAGAAUUUAAAAAGUUAAAAGAAAAGGACGAAGAUGCAACAUUAACACAAAUGGCACAAGCUUGGUUAAACUUAGCAUUGGGCGGAGACAAAUUGCAAGAAGCUUAUUACAUAUUUCAAGAACUAACAGACAAAUAUGGAGUUACUGCAUUGUUGUUAAAUAGUCAAUCAGUAUGUUAUAUUGGUCAAUGUGAAUAUAAAAAAGCUGAAAUAACAUUACAAGAUGCUUUAGAAAAAGAUAGUAAUGAUAUUGAUUCCCUAGUAAAUUCUUUGUUCAUUUCUGUCCAUAUGAAAGUAUCAGCUGAUGUUACUAAAAGACAGUUAAAUAUGCUGCGGGAUGCCUAUCCUAAUUCUGACUUUAUUGAAACUUACAAUAAAAAAGAAGCUGAAUUUGAUUCAUUGUCACAAGCAUACCAAUAA